AUGGCGCAAUCCGAAGUGGAUAAAGUCACGCAAGAUCUUGAAAAGUUAAACUUUCAUCACCCGUAUACACCUUAUGAUGUUCAAGAGCAGUUUAUGAAGGCUGUUUACAAUAUUUUGGAGACUGGUAAUGGGCAGGUUGGCAUAUUGGAGAGCCCGACUGGUACAGGGAAGUCACUGUCAUUGAUCUGCGCCUCACUAACUUGGCUCCGCAACCACAAAUCCAAUCAAUUAGAAGCAUCUAUCCAAGAAUCAGCGGAAGCUUAUAAGGAUGAACCGUCAUGGCUUGUUGAGCAGCUUCUCCGCCGCAAGCGCGAAGAGCUCGUUACCCGCUGGGAAGAUCGAGAAAAGCGUCUUGAGACCCUUCGUCUUAAGGAAAAGGCACAAGAAGAACGUUCCCGUAAGCGUCGACGAGUUGAAGACUUCGUACCCAGUAGAUCACGCGUAGAAGAUGAAGAUGACGAGUGGUUGCUUGAUGACCCUGAUGAUCUCGACACUGGACCUCAUGACGCGCUUUCUGGCUUGAGUAAAGAGACACGAGAAGUCCUUGCGAGUAUCGGCUUGGGAGGGGCAAAAAAGCCUGAGCAGGAAGAUGAUCUUUUGGAGGAGCCAAUCAAGGUGCGAAUGUCUUCGAUGAACCGUAAAAUCUAUUACACGUCAAGAACACAUUCUCAACUUUCGCAAUUCAUCACCGAACUUCGUCGCCCCUCAUUUCCACCUUCACUGCCAAUAUCACUCGCCAAGAGCGAAGAGACGAAGAUAGAAGCAGUAAAGCUUCUACCAUUGUCAUCCCGACAGAGAUUAUGCAUCAAUCCCACUGUCUCACGCCUUGGGUCCGUACAGGCCAUCAACGACCGGUGCUCAGAACUUCAACAGCCAAAGUCGGGACAGAAAUGUCCCUUCGUACCCAAAGAAGAUCUACUUUCUCAGACACAUCAAUUUCGCGACUCGGCUUUGGCCACACUGCCCGAUAUCGAGGACCUUCAUCAACUUGGCAAAUCACUCUCUGUCUGCCCAUAUUACGCAUCGCGAACUGCCUUACCAGGCGCUGAGAUCAUUACACUCCCGUACCCUUUACUGCUGCAGAGGAGCGCCAGAGAUGCGCUUGGCGUCAAGCUGGAGGGAAGUGUUGUUAUUAUCGAUGAGGCGCAUAAUAUCAUGGAUGCGGUGGCAAAUGUGCAUGCGGCUGAGAUUAAGCUGAGCGAUCUGCGAAGAGGACGCGCCAUGUUGGGCGUUUAUGUGAAGAAGUUUGGCAAGAAACUCAAAAGCGUCAAUCGAGUCAAUGUUGGGAGAGUGGGAAGAGUCAUUGAUGGUCUAAGCGAGUGGAUGGAUGGGGCACUCAAGUUCAAGCAAGAACAUGGUAUCGUGGACCCCAACGACUUGACCCGAUCAAAAGGUAUUGACCAGAUCAACAUGUUUGAGCUCAUUCAGUACAUCCAGGAGUCAAAGCUUGCCUUCAAGAUCGAAAGUUACAUAUCCCAUGUCGAGAGCGAGGAUACAAACUCCAAAACACCAAGAUCCAGUUCGCCAGUUCUUCACACCCUAGUAUCAUUCCUCAUCGCCUCCACCAAUCUCAGCUCCGAGGGACGAAUAUUCUACCAAAAGAUCAAGGGGCCAAACCUUGACAUACAACUUUCUUACUUGCUCUUAUCCCCGACUUACGCAUUCUCAUCUAUCGCGUCUAGUGCGAGAGCAGUUGUGCUUGCAGGAGGUACAAUGUCGCCAUUUGACGAUUACAAGGACCACCUAUUCCCAUCACUGAAACAAGAAAAAAUCACCACUCUCAGUUGUGGACAUGUCAUUCCGCCCGAGAACCUCUGCGUCUGGACACUGGCCUCGUCAAGGCCUGGGGCACCACCCUUUGAGUUUAGCUUCCAGAAACGAGGCGAUACACAAAUGAUAACGCAGCUGGGCAUUGCCAUUCUGAACCUCUGCUCAUUAGUCCCCGAUGGUGUCGUUAUCUUUUUCCCCAGCUAUGGAUAUCUUGAUGAGGUGGUAGCUGUUUGGCAAAAGAGUCAGGGGAAUGCACAGCCAAUCUGGGAUCGACUGGCCUCACGAAAAGCACUCUUCAAAGAAUCAAGGGGCGCAUCAAGCGAUGAGGUCCUCCAAGAAUACUCCGACGCCAUCCUCGGCGAGAAGAGCAACGGCAAAGGCGCCCUUCUUCUCAGUGUCGUAGGUGGUAAGAUGUCAGAAGGCAUCAACUUCUCCGACCGUCUCGGUCGAUGCGUCAUAGUAAUCGGAUUACCCUAUCCCAACAUCGCAUCACCAGAUUGGAAAGCAAAAAUCGAGUACAUCGAGACAACGACACAAAACAACCUCACGGCGCAAGGCGUGGCGAAAGAAGAAGCUAUAAGUAAAGGCAAGCAGACAGCGAGAGACUUUUACGAAAACGCUUGUAUGCGGGCAGUUAACCAGAGUAUCGGCCGUGCAAUCCGGCACCGGGGCGAUUAUGCGGCGAUAGUUCUUGUGGAUCGACGAUAUGGCACGGAGCGAAUCCGGGGCAAACUACCGGGGUGGAUAAGAGGGGGUUUAGUCAAGGACAGUCAUGAGAAGGGUCUCGGAGGUCUGAUGGGCGCUGUCGGAGGGUUCUUCCGAGGAAAGAAAAGCAAAAGCCAGAAUCAGUAA